AUGUUAAUAAGUGGACAGAAUCAUACAUUUAAAUCUUUAUAUAAAGUGGGCUUUACAUCUUCAGGUGUAGUAAAGGCAUUAGAUAUAGUAUUAUACAGUAAUGGUGGAUGGUCUCAAGAUUGCUCUGUACCUAUAAUGGAACGUGCUUUACUACAUUGUGAUAAUGUUUAUAAUUUUAAAAAUCUUAAAUGUUAUGGACGUGUAUGUAAAACAAAUAUUCAAUCAAUGACAGCAUUUCGUGGUUUUGGAAUACCACAAGCUAAUUUAAUAUGUGAAAUAGUAGUAG